UACAGAGUGAGCUGUGAUUGGUCACAGCUUGUCACAUGGUACAAGGCUGUUGUGAAUAGCCUUGUACCAUGUGACCUCUGUGAUCAUUCACAGAUUUCACACGUAGUAAGCAAUGAUGUCACAAGUGACAUCUUGCUUACUACUUUGCAUGUGAUCGCUGAUUGGCCAAUCAGUGAUCACAUGAUCGGGACCUCGUACAGAGGUCCCGUCCGACGAUCGUUGUUUCACUGUGUCCAGAGGACACAGCGGGCACCGGAUCGUGGUCCCAGGGAGCGCGCACAGCUAUAAAAGGCGGGUGCCGUUUAUGAACGGCAACCCGCCCCUGGAGUGCCACCGUCCUGCCGUUUAUAAACAGCAGUGGCAAGUGGUUAA